GGUGGAGCCAAGAUUUUAUCUCCUACUUAACCAUCAUCAAAGAGGAAAUGAACGUUCACAGCAGGAGACCAACAAAGAAAGUAUGGCUCUACUACUGAAAUUGCUGACUAUUUUCAUGCUUCAGGUUGGAGUUUCUCUUGCAGGCUUCAUUCCCCAAUUUGACAUGAAAUUCAAAAGAGUUGGAGAGGACGUCCUUUUAAACUGUCCUGUUAAAGAAUCCUCCGACCAAUGCUCCAACAGUACCUGGUCAUUCAACAGACCCUCCGAUGAUCGCAACAUGAAACGAAUGAUCUUUGAAGAAAAUACUGACCAGAGUUCAGCUGGAGAUUCCAGGCUAAGUUUGAGCAGAAACUGCUCUCUGCUCAUCAGAAACCUCACUGCUGAGGAUGGUGGUGUUUAUGGCUGUCAUAAUGAGAUGGCUGUGUUACUUGGUAUUUUGAGUAUUACUUCAUCUCCACCAGAUGUUAAUGGAUGGGUCGACUUGACAUGCUCUUUAAAGGGUUUGCAGAAACCUGGUCAAUGCGGUCCAAGACUCAUCUUCUGGGUGGAUGAGACAGGAACUCCACUGUCUGAUAAAACUCCUGAGUUUGAAGUUAAACAAACAAAUAUCUGUGAUCUUGUUCUGAGUGUGAAACAUCAGAGUGGAAAUAACAAAAGAUUCACCUGCCAGUUAAUUGCCUACGAUGAAGUGAAGGUAGAAGCUGUCUACGUUUUUACAGAAUGAAGCACGGAGGACGGUGAUGAAGACGCCCUGUGAAGAAGAGAGGCAGAAACUCCUUUAACAGAGAAAAAGAACCAAUUGGAGACAAUUGUUCCAUUUUUCUUAAACACUUUUAAUGUAUUCAUGCAGAUUCAUUAACUUUCUUGACUAACUUUUUUUUAUUAAAUCAAACUAUUCCUCAAAGUACUUAUUAAUCAGGCAGUUAGUGAUUAGCUUAUUGUUAUUAUUCAUUUCACGUUUAAAACAUGCUAAAUCUUUACACUCAUUGCAAUAAAUUGCUAAUAUUUUGUGUUUUAGACACCGCAGGAUUUCUAGAGACCCCACUCCACUUUCUGCCUUUGAUCACAUCCAUCUGUGUUUUGGACAAGACAAAAUAAAGAGCUGCAUAGUUACACAU